AGCCGCGCGCCUGUCACCGCUGGUCAGCCCCAGCCUGCCCAGCUCUCCUCUCCCGGCUGCCCUCCUCGGCCAGCCGGGCUUCGGCCAGGGCGCACGGAGCUGCGUGCGCCUUCCCAGCGGCUUCUCGCCUCCUCCUCCUCCUCCUUCUGCACCGACCCGGGGCUCGGGCAAAGUUUGCUGGAGGGCAGGAGGCGAACUAGGCAUGGCUCGGGGCGGCCCCGGCUCCCCGCCGCGGGGCAGCUGGGAGCAGCGGCGGGCUCCCCUCUGGGGCUUCUGGACAGCCUUGGGGAUGCUCUGCUCGCCCGCCUCCCAGGCGUUCAACCUGGACGUGGACAAACUCACUGUGUACAGCGGUCCAGAGGGCAGCUACUUCGGCUACGCCGUGGACUUCCACAUACCUGACCCGCGAACAGUGAGUAUCUUGGUGGGAGCUCCCAAAGCCAAUACUAGCCAGCCGGACAUAGUGGAGGGUGGCGCUGUCUAUUACUGUCCCUGGCCGGCCACUGGGGAUGUUCAAUGCAAGCAGAUCCCGUUUGACACCACUAACAACAGAAAAAUUCGAGUCAAUGGAACCAAGGAACCUAUUGAGUUUAAAUCAAAACAGUGGUUUGGAGCAACAGUAAAAGCUCAUAAAGGGAAAGUGGUGGCCUGUGCUCCAUUGUAUCACUGGAGAACUCUCAAAGCAACGCGGGAAAAGGAUCCUGUUGGCACUUGCUAUGUAGCAAUUCAGAACUUCAGUGCAUAUGCAGAAUACUCUCCUUGUCGAAACAGCAACGCUGACCCUGAAGGCCAAGGUUACUGUCAAGCAGGCUUUAGUUUGGAUUUUUACAAGAAUGGGGAUCUUAUAGUGGGAGGACCUGGCAGUUUUUAUUGGCAAGGCCAGGUGAUUACAGCCAGCAUUGCUGACAUCAUUGCCAAUUACUCCUUCAAGGAUAUUCUAAGAAAAUUAACUCGAGAAAAACAAACUGAUGUCGCUCCAGCAUCCUAUGAUGACAGCUACCUUGGAUAUUCCGUUGCUGCUGGGGAAUUUACUGGAGAUUCUCAGGAAGAAAUCCUGGCUGGUGUUCCACGGGGUGCACAGAAUUUUGGAUAUGUUUCAAUUAUUAAUUCAACGGAUAUGACCUUUAUUCAGAAUUUCACUGGUGAACAGAUGGCAUCUUAUUUUGGAUAUGCUAUUUCAGUAUCAGAUGUCAACAAUGAUGGUCUGGAUGAUGUAUUAGUUGGAGCCCCCCUUUUCAUGGAGCGUGAAUUUGAGAGUAGCCCUAAAGAAGUGGGACAGGUUUACCUCUACUUGCAAGAAAGUCCUUUGCUCUUCAGAGAUGCCCAAAUCCUUUCAGGAACUGAAGUGUUUGGCAGAUUUGGAAGCGCUAUCACCCAUUUGGGAGAUCUGAACCAAGAUGGAUACAAUGACAUUGCAGUUGGUGCACCAUUUGCAGGAGAAGCUGGAAGAGGCAAAGUGUUCAUUUACAAUGGGAACACUGAAGGGUUAAACCAGAAACCAUCCCAGGUUCUGAAUGGAGCCUGGGCUUCUCAGACCGUGCCAUCAGGAUUCGGCUUUACUCUGAGAGGUGAUUCAGAUGUAGACAAGAAUGAUUACCCAGAUUUAAUUGUGGGUGCCUUUGGAACUGGAAAAGUGAUUGUUUAUAGAGCAAGACCAGUUGUGACAGUGGAUGCCCAACUUUUGCUGUAUCCAGUGAUUAUAAACCUGGAAAAUAAAACCUGCCAGAUCCCCGGCCUUACAGCAUUAGUGCCUUGCUUUACACUGAGAGUGUGUGCUUCUGUAGAAGGUCAGAGCAUUUCAAAUACAGUGGCUCUAAUAGCUGAUGUCCAGUUAGAUUCAUUGAAACAGAAGGGAGCCAUUAAGAGGACCCUCUUCAGGGAUAACCAUCAGCCACAACUUGUCUUCUCUCUGCUGAUAAACCAACAUCAAUCCCUCCAGUGCCAUGACUUCACUAUUUACCUCCGAGAUGAAACUGAAUUCCGAGAUAAAUUAUCUCCAAUCAACAUUAGCUUGAAUUACAGUUUAGAUGAAUCCACUUUUGAGGAAGGCUUUGCUGUCAAACCAAUACUGAACUUCUACCGGGAAAGCAUUGUUAAUGAGCAGGCUCACAUCCUAGUGGACUGUGGAGAUGACAAUAUGUGCAUUCCUGACUUGAAACUUUCAGCCAGAUCAGACAAACAGCAGCUGAUCAUUGGAGAUGAAAAUCAUCUAAUGCUCCUUGUAAAUGCAAGGAAUGGAGGAGAAGGAGCCUACGAAGCUGAGCUCUUUGUGGAGAUACCUGAAGAAGCAGAUUACAUUGGUACUGAACGCAAUAACAAGGCUCUGCACCCACUGAGCUGUGAGUACAAGAUGGACAAUGUAAGCAGAAUGGUGGUGUGUGACUUGGGGAACCCUAUGGUGGCUGGAACAAAUUACUCACUAGGUCUCCGAUUUGCUGUUCCUCGUCUUGAAAAUACCAAUACAAGUAUUGACUUUGAUCUCCAAAUCAGGAGUUCCAACAAGGAUAAUCCAGAUAGCAAUUCCGUGAGCCUGCAAAUCAAUGUUAGUGCUAUGGCCCAAGUAGAGAUCAGAGGAGUUUCCCAUCCACCACAGAUUGUUCUGCCAAUUCAUAAUUGGGAGCCUGAAGAGGAGCCCCACAAAGAAGAAGAAGUUGGACCAUUAGUACAGCAUAUUUAUGAGCUGCACAACAUCGGACCCAGUACUAUCAGUGAAACACUUCUGACUGUGGGAUGGCCAAAUUCUGCAAGAGAUGAGUCUCUUCUAUAUAUUUUCCAUAUUCAGACCCUUGGGCCAUUGCAGUGUCAAACAAACCCUGCUAUCAACUCACUGGGAAUAAAGCCUGCAGCCUCCCAGGAGGACACCCCUGCCCUCAGUGCCUUCCUGCGUAAUUCUAGCAUUCCUCAUCUUGUCAGGAAGAGACAUGUCCCAGUGGUAGAGAUUCACAGACAAAGUCCUGCAAAAAUACUGAACUGCACAAAUAUCGAAUGCUUGAGAAUCUCUUGUGUGGUUGGCCGAUUGGAAGGAGGUGAGAGCGCAGUCCUGAAAGUCAGAGCACGCUUAUGGGCCCAAACUUUUCUCCAGAGAAAAAAUGACCCCUAUUCUCUUGCUUCCAUUGUGUCUUUUGAAGUUAAGAAAAUGCCAUAUAAUGACCAGCCAGCACAACUUCCAGAAGGAAAAGUUGCGAUUAGAACAUCAGUCAUCUGGGCAACUCCGAAUGUCUCCUUCUCAAUUCCAUUGUGGGUUAUCAUAUUAGCCAUACUUCUUGGAUUACUGGUCCUCACCCUUUUGACCUUAGCUUUAUGGAAGUGUGGAUUCUUUGACCGAGCAAGACCUCCCCAGGAUGAUAUGGCUGACAGAGAGCAAUUAACAAAUGACAAGGUUCCUGAUGCAUGAAAAAAGAUUUUUAAAAACCUACCAACUCAAUGCAGAAGAAAAACUAAAGCCAGUCACUAUGGAACCAGUGGGCACCAUGUUGAUGCCAUUUGAAUUCUGCAGUACUUUGGGAACUCGCUGUGCAAUGAGUAUAAUCUUUUGGGAAAGGACCUUCAUCAAAACAGAACCAUUAUUGGGAAGAGUUUUGUUGUUGUUUUGUUCCUGUUCUAGAUUUAUUAGAUACUUAAGACUGCGCGAGAUGGCUUAAAUUGCUUUCUAGAUAAACCCAACUUAAAAUGCAAGGAUAAAAUUCCCGAGUUGCUGUAGAAUCUAGAAAGUGAACUAGUGCACACUCCUUUAAACACUACUGUAUCAAACAGAAUAUUUGACACCUCCCUAUGAAAAAGAAACAUUGCUUCUGAAACUGUGGCUCAGGGAGACAAGCAAUAUGUUGUUGGUACUGUGAAAGUACUUUUUAAUGCUACAAAGAAACUAAGUGGGGGUAGUGAGUAUUUAUUUUUUUCCACCUCUGUAGUUUGACAUCUGGAAUGUCAGAGGACCCAGACAGGAUGUCAUUACCCAUUUUUGAAAAUCAUUUGCUCAGUACACAAAGAAGAAAAGUACAUUUUGCAAAAAUGGUGUUCCAGCAAAAAAUGAUUCUUUAGAAAAGUUGCAGAAUGAAUGCAAAAUUUAAGAACAAAGAGAAUAAGAUUCAGUUAAACAUAAUACUGCAUCUUGUACCUGUUGGCAUUCACUUUACACCCACCAUCCAAGGAUUCAAGGCUGCCUAAAUGAAUAUCACCAUAUGCUGCAAAUGUUUUUUUUUAAUUUUUUUCCCCUUAUGUUGUCAGUUACAUCAGUUCAUCCUAUGUCACAAUACUCCCAAAAACUCUCUUCAUUUUGUGUGAAUGUGUGUGUGUGUGUUUAAAUUAUAGUAAUACAUCAACAUUUCAAAAAUUCUUUCCUUUGGUGUGGAAUCACCUCCAACUACUCAAAUAAUAACUCUGCUUUCAAAGAAUAUGUUCUCGAGUUGCUAAGGUGAAAAUGUUCCUCAGUAGAUGACCAGCAUCCCAAUAAUGAGCCUUUUUGUGCUUAGUAAGCCCUAGGAUGAUUCCAACACCAUCCAUGUGUACACAAAGUGUACACUUGUGUACAGAAAGCCUUUUUAGUUUGACCAAACCUAUUAGAGCUCAAAUUCUACUAUUCAGUAGCCCUUGAGAAACAAAAUUCACUUCUAUGCCAGGAAAAAGCAUCAUAGUAAGAUUUCAGUGAAGAAUUUUUUACUCUGGUUAAAUUUUUUUUUUUUUACUAACUUGAUAGUAAGCAAUGUUAAAAUGCCCACAAUGCUAUUUCAAUAGUAAAGUGAAUUUCAUUAUUAUGAGAUUCACAUCACUGGCAAGAAAUACUAAAGAGGGAAAAGGAACAGCCCUCAUAAGCCAAGUAUUUCUGUAUAUUUAAGGAAAGUUUUGAAGCUGCAACAAUAUUUUUUUAUUUAAAUAUCUACUUUUCCUACCAGUUUGUAUUAUCAACACAUAGAAAACAUGUAUCAGCCAUGAAUAAAAGAGAAGAAUAAAAUAAUACAGACCUGGUAUAGGAAGAAAAGUGUCUCUUGAAAAAAUUUUGAGAACUUAUAUUUUCUCAGUUGCAUCUCCAAAUUCUAUGUGCUUUUUGCUGUUUACUUUUGAAGUUAGCCAGGAUAGCUUCUAGUAUCAAAGAACUGUUUUAUUAAACAUUUUUCCUAUAUUCAUUUUGAAUUGAAUGCCCACAAAAAACUUGACUUUUAAAAACCUACAUAUAAAUAUUCUAUAUCAUUGUAUAUAAUACUGUCAUUGAUAAACUAGGAUUAACCAGCCAAAUUAAUUCACAUCAUCUGCACAAUUUUGUAUUAUUUUUAUUAUAAUGAAAUAUCACUUUUAAGAAAUACAAAUUUUAUGUGCAAUACUUUAUAUACAUAUGUAUUUGUAGCAUGUUUACACUGGCAUUAAUUUUUGUUUUAUAUAUGAAGAAGAAACCUUUUGAAACAUACUGAUGAAACAGGUAUAACAAAAAACCUUCAAUACAGUUGGAAAAAUUAUAUCACAGUUUGAACAAUCAUACUUUAUUUGAAAGAUGAGCCAAAGUUGCAGAUACUAAAUUUAAAAAAAAAUCAUUCCUCAGCCUGGCAGGAAGCCUUUUGGCUGCAGCUGUAAAAUUUCAUUAGAAACCAAUUGAGAAACAUAUGGAGUAAUGCACUGUUACUUUGAGCAAAAGGUUUAUUUCAUAUUUCUCCUGCCUUGUAGAUGCAACUUUCCCAUGGUAGUCAUCUGGAGUGUUCUCCUGUCAAGAAGUCAACUUUAGUUUCCAUUGUUUGUGGAUCACAAUUACAAUGGUGUUAAGGAGUUUUAGGCUUUCAAAUCAUCAUCCCCUACAGGAUUUUAGGUGUCAAUUAUGGUAUCAGAGUCUAUUUUAAAGGGAUUUUCUUUGAAAAAAAAUGCCUUCUACAAAUAGGGGCUCCUAUGUCAUGUGAAUGCAAAAGUAAACCUCCCCAGGUGCCUGGAAUUCCACUCUAGAUACAUUGCUUUCAAGUACAAAAAGGUUUUCUGUCUCCAAGGACCCUUCUGAAAAUGUAGAUGCUGGGAUGAGUAACACCUUGGAAGAUAUAUCGGAUAGCUAAGAAUAAAGUGUUGGCACAGGAUGGCACGAGCUAAGACAUUCAGCCUGUUUGAGUUUUAUUCAUUUCAUCUGCAAAAUGAGGAGACUCUGUGACUAAGCAAUAAUAAUAAUAAGAGCUUCAAAGUUUACAAAAGGCAAUGACUUAUCUCUUUUGACUCUUACAACUACUCUAUGAGGGAAGCUAUGCAUAUUUUGUCACUGUUUUACUGAUGAAGAAACUAAUUCAGAUAAAUUACCCCAAAUCACUUAUAUAAUUAAUGGAUCAACAAGGACUUAACCCAACUCUUCUGAUUUUCUAACAAUCUAUGAUUUUGUGAUUGAAGAUGUCCUGGAAGAUGGCAGACUGCCAGGAUAGGAAAAAAGUGCUCAUAAAGAGAAGUAGAAGGACACUGACUUUGCUGUGGGCUAUCUCUAUUUAGAGAAAAAUGGAAAGUUUUGAAUUGGCAGAUGAUCUUGUUGAAAUGUUCUGUCUCCUAAGGAAUAGACCACAGAAUAGCCUCAUGGGUAUACAUGAUCCCCAUCUACCACUUCUAGUGUAGUAAUGUAAAGAUGUCAUAGAAAAAGACAAUCAAACAAAAUGAAGCAAGGUGAAUCAGCCCAGAAUAGUAUUUACUGAGCAUUCAUUUCCUACACAAAAUAUUAGAGCAGUAAAUAUUUUUUUCUUUAUUAUAGCAAUGUCAGUGGCUUGAAAAUCCAUAACAUGCUUGCAUAUUAUAAUUUUCAUACAUCUUUUCACUCUUGCAGCUAAUUUGAAGGCACAAAAAUGGGCAUAUUAAGUUUUAUAAACUUUGGAAAGCCCAUAAACAUGAAAAUUGGAUAGUUUGCAAAACAUUGCGCAACACUAUGUUGCCAUUGAAACAAUGAAGUCACUGUUAAAUAGUUAUGUGUAUAUUGGCUGAGGUUUCCAUGUACCUAUUUACUUUGUCACAAAUAAAAUACCAGGUGAAAGACAAA